CCGCUCCCCGUGCGCCUCCCCGGCCGGGCAGAGCGGCUCUUUUGCCCGGGCUGGGCGCGGGGCAUUGUGGGGAGUGGCUGAGGAAGGAAAAUGGCGGACCUGGCUAACGAAGAAAAGCCAGCCAUCGCCCCUCCUGUCUUUGUGUUUCAGAAGGAAAAAGCCCAGAAGUCCCUUGCAGAGCAAAAAGGGGUGUCGGACUCAGGCGAGGACCCCCCGGGAGAAGCAGAGCCUCCUCGCCGGCCCGCGGGUCACCCCAAGUCACCAGGGGGGUGCAACUUUGAGGCUCCCGCCCCCCCAGGGGCCGAGUCCCGCAUUCUUCCGGUUCGGCCCGGACUGGCGAGGAGGUCAGCAGAUGGGUCAAGUCCAGAAGACGGGGAAGAGUCCGACCGAGAGGAUGGGAGCUACUGCCCCCCCGUCAAGCGCGAAAGGACCUCUUCCCUCACACAGUUCCCACCUUCGCAGUCAGUGACAAAGAACAAUGUCUUCAUGCCAUCGAGCUUAUGCGAGCCUUCGGCGGGGAACUCCGACUCUGAGCCAGAGGAAAAAAGCACUGGAUUCAGGUUGAAGCCUCCCACUCUCAUCCAUGGCCAGGCGCCCAGCGCAGGGGUCCCCAGCCAGAAACCGAAGGAACAGCAGAGAAGCGUCCUGCGCCCGGCAGUAUUACAAGCCCCCCAGCCCAAGGCUUUCUCCCAAACAGUUCCAAGCAGCGGGACCAACGGCGUAAGCAUCCCUCCGGACCCCGUGGCCGCUGUGUCGGAAUCCACAACGAACGCCGUGCCCAAAAGCCCCGACACAGAGGAGAAGGAGUCCAACAGCACCUCGGAGACAGAGAAGGCAGACCAGAACACGCCACAGUCCUUCGUGUUUGGGCAGAACCUAAGGGACCGUGUGAAGCUAGGGGACGAGGUCGACGGCGCCGUUGACGCGCAGAACUCCCGGCUCCCCAACUCGGAGGCACCUCUGGCCACAAACUACUUCCUCCAGUACAUCAGCUCCAGCAUAGAAAACUCGACGCACAGCGCGGAGGCCCCCAGUAACAAGUUUGUGUUUGGCCAGAACAUGAGCGAGAGAGUCUUGAGCCCCCCCAAGUCGAGCGAAGCCAGCACGGACAGCGUCAAGGAGAACGCCGGCGGAGAUUCAGGCUCGGAGUCCUCAUCGCAAGAAGCCACUCCCGAGAAAGCCAACAACAUUUCAGAGUCGCUGGCCGAGUCUGCCGCAGCCUACACGAAGGCGACGGCCAGGAGGUGUCUUCUGGAGAAGGUGGAGGUGAUCACGGGGGAAGAAGCCGAGAGCAACGUCCUACAGAUACAAUGCAAGUUGUUUGUCUUUGAUAAGAACUCCCAGUCUUGGGUCGAAAGAGGCCGGGGACUCCUGAGGCUCAACGACAUGGCUUCCACGGACGACGGGACACUACAGUCGCGCCUUGUGAUGAGAACGCAAGGCAGCCUUCGGCUAAUCCUGAACACCAAACUGUGGGCUCAGAUGCAGAUUGACAAAGCCAGCGAAAAGAGCAUCCGAAUCACAGCGAUGGACACAGAGGACCAAGGAGUCAAGGUCUUCCUUAUAUCGGCCAGCUCCAAAGACACGGGGCAGCUCUACGCGGCCUUGCACCACCGGAUCCUGGCCUUGCGGAGUCGGGUGGAGCAGGAGCAGGAAGUCAGCAGCGCAGCGCCGGAGCCCGAAGUGACCCAGUCCAACGAGGAAGACAGCGACGACGACGUCCUCGCCCCCUCGGGGUCGCCCGGAAGUGGUCCCACCAACGAAGGGGACGGGCAGACGACGGGCGGCACAUAGCAGCCACGAUCCGCGCCGCCGGCAAGAGUCGCCGCCCCCCGCCGACACCACCGCCCUCUUUGCAGACCCCCCUCUUGCGGGGCGGGGAGGGACGCCCUCCCUCCGACCAGCUCUUGCUCCGGGCAGCGACGGAAGCGCUCGAGAUUGACGAACUCUGCACAUCCCAGUUCUGGUUUUUUGUUCUUUUUUUUCUUUCCCCCCUUCCUCCCCCAUCGUGCGUUGGACUUUUGGGGGGGUGGGGCAGGGGGGCGGAUCUGUCGAUUCCAUAUUAAAACGAGAAAACGCAGCGGACUUUGGACAAAACAGGCUGAAUGUGGUUUUGGGACAUGUACAAAAAGAGAAAUAAAAUGCUCAUCAUAUUGAUGAGCCCCGGGAGGAGAGGAAUCCCCUUUUCCUCCCUUCCUCUCUCUGCCCCCCCUCUCUCCACACUUGGCGAAUAUUUGAGGGGGGGGGAGGCACCUUGAGACUUGCCACGACUUGCCCACGGGGAUACCUCCCGAUUCUCCUCUCCGGUAGCCCUCCAGGCCUGCGCCGCAGACGAAUCCCUCCUCCAACCGCCAUCCCUGCCGGAUUCCACACGGAAGACUCUCUUCUCCCCCACCCCAAUUUGCCAUUUUUCAUCCUCUUUUUUUUAGGAAAAAAACACUCGCCCCAGCAGAAGAACCUUUUGCUCCCGUCUCUCGUCCGACGGACAUCUCUUGUCGUGUUUUCUCCUUCCUCGCCUCGCCCCAAACAUCCACCCAAUCGUGGCUGAUGCGCAGAGACGCUUUGCUAAUUUUUUUUUGGGGGGGUGUUCUUUUUAAACUGCCUUUCCCCCAGUUACAUCUCACCAGGCCGAUUCCUGCCUCCGGAUUGUUGUUGUUAUUAUUACUACUACUGGUUUGCCUGGCGUCAGUCGUGGCAGAAACCUUCUCCUUGAAAGGUAGCCCCCCAGUUUUGAACCAGAUCCUCCCCCAUCUCUCUUGUGCGUUGAGCAAAUUGGGGGGGGGAACCUUCUUUUCUGUUCUUAUUUAAGACAAGCAAAGCCAUAUAUAUAUAUUAACACACACACAUAUAUAUAUAACUGGCGCCAAUGUGUCUGUCAGCUUGAGUGUGUGUGUUGGUUUUUCCUUCCUAGCAAAUUCCCCCCCCCCAAAAAAAAAUUUCCUCCUGGUCUUGUCACGGCGCCAAACAGCCGAUUUGGAGGGUGAGAAGGGGGCUUUGAUUUGCUCCCCCCGCCCCGCCUGAUCCGGGAAUAUCUGCUGGGCACGCAAAGAGAGAAAAGAGAUACCCGCCCCAAGCGCCUUUCCCCUCGACCUGGGGUUUUGGGUCUGUGUGCUUAUUUCUUUUCUGGCUUGGUAAAAACUUGCUGCUGUGUGUUAUUAUUAUUAUUACUUUAAAAAUCGGAACGUGCCCUGGAAUCGCCAUCUUUAGGAUGGGGCAGGGGGUGGGGUCGUAUUCUCUGCCCCUGUGGUUUUUUGCCAGCCAAAGAAGGUCCGCUCUGUCAUUUUCUGGAUUUCUAGUGGGUAGCGAAGAUGCCUCCGGGAUAAAACAGAGGCAGCCUCAAAGCGUAUGUGGCCGGGAACCAGACAUCGCACCCUUCAGGUUCUGGACAGGGGCGCAAGCGGCCUUUGUGGGGACGCCCCCUUGCUCCCUAUGAAACGGCUGGCAAGAAGACGGAGGGGGGGAGACACACUGAUCCACGGAGAACGGUUGGAAAAGCAAGCCCCUACCUCUGCUGGGCCCACAGUUCCCAAACCAACAGGGCCGUGUCUGGUGGGCAGCCUUGGUGCGGCUGAACUACGACUCCCAGCUAGUCCGGGAAGGCGGGAGUUCUAGUUCAGCAAUGCCCAGAAGGCCAAAGGGCGCUCUUGCCCCUUGAGCCGAGGCAGCCCCAGCUCCUGUCUCCCCCGCAAGCGCUGGCUGUUUCCGCCUCUCCAAAGAGCUACAACUUUCCUGACUCUUUGUUUUUACCGGAGAAAAUUGGGUGGGAAAUUUGGUCCUCGGCGUGAGAGAGAGAGAGACUCGCAAGAUGUGCGUUUACGCAGGUGUAGCAAGAGUCCUGAGGGCUCCCCCGUGGGUCUCGCAUGUGCGAAAAGGUUCGCAAGAGGGCAGAGCUCGAAUGGUUCCAAUGGUUAACGUUGCAUUGAAUGUGUUUAAACAGUUUUCCUCCCGCAGAGUUCAUCCUUUCAGGGGGGGCGGAAAGAAAUUAUACACAUAUAUAUAUAUCUGGCAGCUAUUUAUGGAUGUGGUUUGGAGCUGGACACAGGUCACUUGUGGCGAAAGAAGAGGAGAGGGUGGACGGGAAGAUGGAAUUUUUAAAAUAAUUUCUCGUCUCUCGUUUCCUGUGCAUACUUUAGCCGGUCAGAAAACACCCGUUUUUCCCCCCUUUUCUGUCCCCCCUCCCUGGCCCUGCGUUUCAUUAUGGCCCCCUCUCCCCAGGGACGGAGGAAGGUUGGCUGGGCCAGAGACAAGGCUGUUGCGUUGAAACUUUUCCCUUCCUUCCCCCCCGUUUUCAACGCUCCCCCCGGCGCCUGCCCACUUCGAGCCCAACUAGUUGGGGAAAAAGCAAAAUACGAUUUCCCCCCCCCCCCAAAAAAAGCAAAAGACUCAGACAACGCCCCCUGUGUUUUGGAAGAUUUCUGUACAAUUGUCAUAUCAGAUGUAUUUGGAAAUUACAUUAAAAAAAAA